UAAGUCAAAAGAUCUCGUUUCGGAGGGAGAGGUCAACAAGCGGCAGCAGCAGCGCGUCCAUGGAUCGUUCUUCCAACUGACACGCCAUCUCCUCCCGCGAAUCUCGCCUGCAAGUCAUCUACCUACCUAUAUGCAUGGAUGCAUGCACUAAUCCUCUUAAUCUUUCGAUCAGUUUCACCUUUGAAUUCAAUUCAUCCCAUCAUCUCGAUCGAUCAUCUCCAGCUAGAUUAGAUUAUAUAGAUCACCUUGCUUUGCUGCACCACCAAUCUCUCAUCCACCAUUGCUCUUGCUCUCGCUGCAGCUGCAGCAUGGCGCCGGCCAUUCUCACGCUCCUCCUCUUGACCUUGCCGUCCCUCCUCCCAUCAUCAUGCCACGCGAUCACCGGCGCUGGCGGCCGCCGCAGGCUGCCGCCGACGCUGCCGAUGCUGCGGCGGUACUCGGCGGGGCCGGGCGGCGGCGGCAGCGCCGUGCCGCCGCCGCCGCCGCAGGUGCAGUACGAGACGCGGCGCUUCACGCAGCGGCUGGACCACUUCAACGCGCUGCCGGCGAGCUACGCCACGUUCCAGCAGAGGUACCUGGUGAACGGCACGUUCUGGGGCGGCCGGGCGGCGCCGGUGUUCGUGUACGCCGGCAACGAGGGGGAGAUCGAGCUCUUCGCCAACAACACGGGGCUCAUGUGGGAGACGGCGCCCCGGUUCCGCGCCAUGCUCGUCUUCGUCGAGCACAGGUACUACGGCGACUCCAUGCCGGCGGCGGCGUACAGCAACUCCACCACCACCGGAUACCUCACCACGACGCAGGCGCUGGCCGACUUCGCCGAGCUCAUCCUCAGCCUCAAGGCCAACCUCUCCGCGCACGCCGCGCCCGUCGUCGUCUUCGGCGGCUCCUACGGCGGCAUGUUGGCUGCAUGGAUGAGGAUGAAGUACCCACACAUUGUCAUGGGCGCCGUCGCAUCCUCUGCACCAAUUCUUGGCUUCUACGGCCUAUCCGAUCCAUACUCCUUCUACGACGUCAUCUCCAAUGACUUCAAGAGUGAAAGUCAGCAUUGCUACGAUGUGCUACGGAGCUCAUGGAGUGAGCUGGACAAAGCACUCGCUACCGACGCAGGGAGGGCUCAACUCACCCAUACAUUUAAUAUGUGCAAAGGCAACGUGGAUGCGAUACCUGGAUUGCUGGAGAAUGCACUUGUCUACGUCGCAAUGACGGAUUACCCGACGCCAUCCUCCUUCCUCACAUCCCUCCCUGCCUAUCCUGUUAGACAGAUUUGCCGCGCGAUCGACCAGCCGACGUCGGGCAACGAGACGCUGGCGCGGAUCAAGGAGGCGAUGGCGAUCUACUACAACCACACCGGCGGGCUGGCUUGCUUCGGCGGCGCCGGCGACGAGGACCCCUACGGCAUGCUCGCCGGCUGGAACUGGCAGGCCUGCACGGAGAUGGUCCUCACCAUGAGCUACGGCGUCAGCGGCAGCAGCAUCUUCCCGCCGGAGCCCUUCAACUUCACCGACGUCCUCGCCGGCUGCCGCGCCUACACCGGCCUGCCGCCGCGCCCCUACUGGAUCGAGGCCCACUUCGGCGGCUUCGAUAUUGUGAAUGUUUUGAAGAGAUCUGCCAGUAACAUCAUCUUCUUCAACGGGCUCCGGGAUCCAUGGAGCGCUGGCGGAGUCCUGAAGAGCAUUUCGAAAAGCAUCAUUGCGCUGGUUGAGCCAGAAGGUGGACACCACGUAGACCUGAGAUUCUCCACCAAGGAAGAUCCUGAAUGGCUCAAGAAAGUCCGGAGGAAGGAGAUGAGAAUCAUAGCAGAUUGGCUCAGGCAAUACUACAGUGAGGAAGCCAUAGCAUGAAUUAUCCAGCACUAGUUACUAUUAAUUUAUUAUUAUUAGCUCGAUUGUGUACACAGUCACUAUGCAUGACAAAAUUAAGCAAGCAGCAGCUAGGAAUUAAUCUCGGGUUGGUUUUAUACCGUUAUUUUUCUCAUUGUAUUAUUGAUUAAUUCAGACCUAGCAAGGAAAAUGAAGCGUGUAUGUGUGGGAGAGACUUGUGAAAAAGAAUUAAUGAUGUUGUAUAUACUACCUCCGUCCCUAAAUGUUUGACAUCA